AUGUCAUCCACACGCACACCACCACCAGAUAUUUCUACUACUAUUUUCCAGUCACCGUCCCUGCUCUCGCAUACCACCACCGAACACCCCGACUAUGAUUCAGGACCACACCCAAUCGCCCUUGACCCAUCAGAAUGGGGAGGCAGCGGGUCAGCUAUACACCUUGGUGCAUACGCCUUCGACUGGGAGUUAGAGCAACCACACCAUCCUCAUAACGAAACAGACGGCGCCGACAACCAGCGAAGUCAAUCGUUGCUUGACAGGAUCGUACGCAAUAUGCGAGAGCAGCUUGAGGAACAGUAUUCACCAGCGAAGAAGUCACGGCUGGAGAAGAUGAGGUGUGACUUGAGGGAUGUUGAUGUCGCCGUUCAGAUUAGAUGCUACAAGGUAUACAAGGCAGUGCGGAGAAGGCGCCUGAGCUUGAGCUUUUGGAAGUCCAAACCAUGA